AUGUCUAAUAUCCAGGUAGUGGUGAGAUGUCGUGGAAGGAACCAGCAAGAGAUUGCAGCCAAGUCGCCAAUUGUACUAGAUUUGACGGAUGAUACAUACUCAACUACAGAGCCAUAUAUAUCGAUGAAUCAGCUUUCCAGCUCUAAUGGCAUCAAUGGAAGAGCAUCAACUACCCAUGAUACAGCUUCAAAUAUUUCCCAAAAGACUUAUAAAUUUGACCAGAUAUAUGGUUCUCAGGCUGAUCAAGACUUAAUUUACUCACACGUUGCACUUCCACUAUUGUCAGACUUCUUACAAGGCACAAAUGUAUCAGUAUUAGCCUAUGGGCAAACAGGCACGGGGAAGACGUAUACUAUGUGUGGACUCAAUAGUAAUAAUAAAAUGGAUGAAUUGCCACUACCCGAGGUUGCUGGAAUCAUACCAAGGGCAUUGUAUGAACUUUUUGAAAAGUUGGAGUACAUGGGCGAUGACUAUAUGGUCAAGGUGUCCUAUUUGGAAAUUUAUAACGAAGAGCUCACAGAUUUACUACUGAAUCAUAACAGGAAAUUAAGAGUGCAUGAGUGGACUAAUUCUGUUUCUAAAAUAGGACCCACCCAAAAGUCAAUUAGCAUCCAAAAUCUAUCCGAGCUGUGCAUCAACAACUAUGCUGAGGGGAUUAAGCUAUUGAAGAUGGGAUUUACUAGGAAAAAGACAGCUGCCACAAAUAUGAAUGAGACGUCCUCCAGGUCUCACACAAUUUUCUGCAUACAGUUGUACCGGAAAGAUGCAAGCGAUGAAUCAAUGUACAGAGUUUCUAAAAUGAACUUAGUGGAUUUGGCCGGCUCUGAAAAUAUAAGCAGGUCUGGAUCUAUUGCCAAAGAAGCAGGAGGGAUAAACCAAUCCUUGUUGGCUUUAGGAAGGGUGAUCAAUGCGUUGAAUGAUAGAAAACUAUCUCAACAUAUACCAUACAGAGAGUCGAAACUUACCCAUAUUUUGCAGGAUUCUUUAGGAGGAGGAACGAAAACGACUUUGAUUGCGACUGUAUCUCCUGCACAGAUCAACGCCAUGGAAACCUGUUCCACAUUGGACUAUGCAAGCAAAGCAAAAAAUAUAAAAAAUACUCCGCUAAACGGCCAUGAUUCAGAGGUGAUUUUAAAAAAAACCUUAGUGAAAAAUUUGUCUAACGAGAUAAGCCAGCUAAAUCUGGAUUUGUUGGCGACAAGAAAUAAGAAUGGAAUAUACUUGGAUCAAAAGAGCUACAAGAACCUUCUUUUGGAAAACGAGUCAUUGAGGACCCAAAUGAAGGAGAGUUCAUUGAGAAUUGAACUGUUGAAUAAGAAAUGCGAUGCUUUAGACCAGCUUCGAAUUGAAAAUACAGAGGAAGUAUCAACCUUGAGAUCUCAAAAUGAAACUCUUGGUCAGAAAGUUGGAAUAAUUGAAUCAAAGUUGCAAGAUGCACUUACAAAAUUAUCACAAAGGGACCAAACAAUAAAUUCGUUAACUGGGAAGUUGAAACAGGUACUUGAAAAGUCCUCCAAUUCGGCUACAAUGUUGAUCACACUUUUUUCAAAUCAUUUGAAUGCGUCUGUGAAUUUGCUCCGUGAUACAAUUGCUAUGCAAUCAGGCUCUACAUCAGCAAGCUCGAUAAAUGAGUUUCAAGAAAAAUUUCUGAAAGAUUUACAAGAAUUUAGAGACGAUCUUCAAUCAAGGACACACUCAUUCCAGGAGCAUAUCCAGGGAAAGUUGACUGAAGAUUUACAAACCACCUUUGACUCCUUACAAGAAAGCGUGGAUAGUUUGUUCUCACUUCAACAAAAGGUGCAUAUAAAUACACAAGAAGCUAUGACGGACUUGAAAUUAGCCAACGAAAAACUAUCUGGCUACUUAAAAGAAGACUAUUUGACAAGUGUUGAAGAAUCGAUAAGAAAGAGACACACUGAGGUUUUACAGAACGAUUUUAAUUCCCUUUGUGAUAACAUGAAACACAUAAUAAAUAAGGAAAUCGAAAAGGCAAUUCUAAAUGCAAUGAAAAAUAGCGAUACAGCCACCCGAGAAGAAUUGGCAAAAGAAAGAAGCCAUGUUCUCGAAUUUGAAAAGAAUUGGAAACACCAAGUAGACGAAAGUCUUCCAAGAAUACAGAAGGAGAUGCAAGAGAGCAGCCUGGCCUUUGAGACCUCAACUGAAAAAUUGCGCAAGCUCAAUUCGCAAGGUUCUCAGAUCGUCGGGUCAAUAUUGAAGGAAAAGUUUAGCAUGUCACUUGAUAGCCUACCCGAUAUCACCCAACUUCCUGCGAUAGCUAAAAGCGUCAAAUCUUUCGAUGACCUGGUUUUGCUUAAGUUGCGAGACAUACGCAAUAAUCUAUUACACAUUCAACAAUUUGACGCCAAAGGUGCGUUUGAGAUUUCCCCACUAAAAUCAAAGCUUGAUCAAUUGCCACAUUGUGAACUUGGAGAAAGUGACAACUCGUCGGGUCCCACGAGGGGGAGACGAUCGCUUUCGUUAUCACCGGUAAAGUCCAACAGAUCGCUGUCUCCGUCCAAGAUUCCAACGAUAAAACGGCUGAAUACCAAUGUGGCUGAUGACGAGAAAUCCAAGAGGCUCUUGAAUAAGAUCUUACAAUUACUGUUGUUCGGAACACUCAGAAUGAUCGAGGUUGAGCAUUUGUUGGAAAAAUUACCGAUCUUUGCUAUUAACUUGUUUCUUAACUUGGCUACAGGUGAUCAAAAUAUAUUAUUGAAUGUAUUGCUAAUGGGCAUUGCCAUGACAUUCAAAGUGGUGCAUGUCAUAAUGUUUGAUCGUUUAGACCUCUUGAACCUUCAGAUCUUCAACAAGUUGAAUGACGAUGAGUUUGGAGACCGAGUCAAGUUGAAAGAUGUCAUUGGGUACUACAUAGGUCUGGUCAAUUUUUGGCUCAAUAUCUUGCUAGUGGCUGUUGACUUUAGUGUGGCAAAAUUCCUAGUUUAUGAUGUAUUCCAAGGAGUAAAUUCAUUUACGUGUUUGUUGUUUGGGUUCCAAUUUGCUGUUCAGGGUGUUGAAGCAUUGACGAAUUUUGCCAAGUUAUUGUUAGGCUUCUACGAAAUUGUAUUCUACAAAGUGAGGAGGAAUAAUAGGGAAGUUGAGAGAGAAAGGGAACUUGCAAGGGAAGGAGUCGAGGAAGUUGAAGAGGAGGUAGAUAUGACAUUAGAAGAUGCAGAGGCAGAUGGAGUAGAAGCAAAUGAAGCAGAAGCAAAUGAAGCAGACGGAACGGAAACAGACGCAGCAGAUGCAGAUGAAGCAGAAGAAGGCGAAAUUGAAAUUGAUAAUGAUGACGAUAAUGAACUUGACUAUGUUUGGGAGAACAAGCCCUACUACGGCAAGGCAAUCGACAUUUCGUCAGCAGUGCUAACUUCCAUCUCGUAUAUAUGCUUCAUUUAUCUCUUAACCAUUCAUUCAGGAUUGUCGUUGCCGUUGUCCAUGCUCCAGGGAACCUAUUCGUCAUUGCGCAAGGCUUGGAUACAAAUUUCACAACUUAUGUCACUUAUCGAAUCAUCGAAACGGUUGGAUACUCAACUACCUAAUGCUACGAAAGAGGAUUUGGAGCGAUCUGAUAAUUCAUGUCUUAUUUGCCUCGAUGACAUGUAUUCUGUUGAAGAGUACCAUAGGCUCUUUAAAAAACCGCAAGCCCCAAGAAGGGCCCCCAAGAAAUUGCAAUGUAAUCACAUUUUGCAUAUGGGAUGUUUGAAGGAAUGGUUGGAGAGGUCGGACAGUUGUCCAUUAUGCAGGCGAAAAGUGUUUGGGCCUCGCGAUGCACUUUCACAAGGCCAACCGAGAACGGCUCAACAACAAGAUGCUAAUCCGCAGGCUCAACCUGAGUUUGAGGCCGAGCCAGAAGUGGAGCCACAACCGCAACCGGAAUAUAGACCCGAACUACCUCGAUCAUCGGCAACUAGAACUACUUCAAUCCAGGAGCAAGCAGAGAAUUCGCCUAAUCCAUCUUCCAACAAUGAUGCUGCAAGUAUAAUAGCCACUGUUGACCGUCAAACUGAAAUACUUCGAAAUGCUGCUGUAUCACACAAUGAACCAGUCCAAGGUACAUCCAGAGAUUUGGAACCAACACGUACCACGUCAGUGCCCACAUUGUCGGCUAACCUAACCUCAUCAACUUCGUUGUCAACUCCAGUUGAUCAACCUAGUGAGCUUGCCUAUCAAACAAUUAAUUUACCUUCGACGGCCGUAAUACCACCAGAUUGGGUUCUACUCCCAUUGGAGAGCACUGAGGAAGAAGGCGUUGAAUACAAAGUAAGCUUAUCGACCGAACGUAAAGCGAAUUUGAAAAUUCACGAUAGGGGCAGAAAUAGAGAUUUAAGGUUCCAUAAUAGUCCAUUUAAUAACUAG